AUGCCGCCUUCACUCCUCCUUUCCAACGAUACUGAGGUCUCCGAGCAAGCAUCCAGCCACGUUCGUCGUACGCGCAGACGCCUUGCUCUCAACAUCAUGAAGGCAACUUUCCUCAAGGCUCUGGCCCUGACGGCCGUCGGCUCGACUGCGGCCAAGGAGCUCCAGCCCAAUGCGCUGAUCAGCGAGAUCUACGACAGCGGCGCCAUCCACAAGGACCUGAUGGCCCGCAAGCACGUCGACUUCUACGACUUCAAGAGCCAUGCCGCCCUCGGCAGUAAGACGGGCCAGGGCUCCUCUUCGUGGGGCUGGACGGCGCCCAACGGCCGUGAGUUCGUCGUCGUUGCCCAGGCCGACGGCGCCAGCUUCUCCGAGAUCACAUCGGCGGGUAAGCUCGUCUACCUCGGCCGCCUGCCGCCGUACUCGACCAACUCGAUCUGGCGCGAGUUGCGCGGUUACAAGAACUUCAUCGUCAUCGGCAGCGAGGCAUCGCGCCACGGUGUGCAAAUCUUCGACCUCAGCAAGCUGCUGACCGUCAACCCGGCGAGCCCCGUCACUUUUUCCAACUCGCGCGAUCUGACAGGAUAUUGGAACGGCCUGCCCGCGGGCUCGACGCACAACAUUGUGAUCAACGAGGAGAAGCAGUAUGCUGUCGCUGUCGGCGCGCAGCCUCGCACCAGCACAUGUCGCUCGGGUCUCAUUUUCAUCGACCUCAAGAACCCUGCCAAGCCCACCACUCUUGGUUGCGCCGCCGGAGACGGCUACGUUCACGAUGCCCAAUGCCUCGUGUACAGGGGUCCUGAUACGAAGUACCAGGGCCGCGAUAUUUGCUACGGCUACAAUGAGGACACCUUGACCAUCUACGACGUCACCGACAAGACGACCACCAAGAUUAUCUCGCGCACCAGCUACGAGGGCGCCAGCUGUAAGUGCCCUUCACGACCCAAUGCUCGCUUAAUCCCCAUCCCUAACUUGAGUACAGACACCCAUCAAGGUUGGGUCACGAACACGCAGUGGCAGGAGUACCUCGUACUUGACGACGAGUACGACGAGUACGACAAGACGGGCGCAGCCGCCAGUGGCUACCCAAUCACCUACUUCUGGGACAUUCGGUCGCUUGAGAAGCCCAAGCAGACGGGCUACUUCAAGAGCCCGGCCUACGGCAUUGACCACAACCAGUUCGUCAUUGACGGCUUUGCGUACCAGAGCAAUUACGGCGCUGGUCUGCGUAUUCUUGACGUGUCGUCCCUGCCGCAGGACCCCACGGGCAAGCUCGUCAAGGAGGUCGGCUUCUUCGACGUCUACCCGGAAGAUGACCGUAACGCCAACGGCGGGUCUAUCGAUUUUGUCGGUACCUGGAGCCACUACCCCUUCUUCAAGAGUGGCUUCAUCCUCGUGAACACGAUCGAGCGGGGUGCGUUUGUUGUCAAGAGGCAGAAGUAA